AAAACAGUCACAAAAAAGAACUCAACAAAAAAAGUGCGAGGCAGCAAAGUAAAUGGCGUCUCAAGUUGUUUUUUAUUCAAUAUCAAUGUGUUUCUAAUCUCACAAUGUCAUUUCUUAUGUUGGCGUGUCAGUAGUAUUGACUUAAUCUAUAUCUUUAAUGUUUCAUUGACGAUUAGUGGUUAUUUAGUCGACGUUUCACUUUUUGCUGUAAAACAAUGGCGUCGAAUGAUUCUAUAGAAUCCCAGGUAAAAGUUAGUGAAAAUCGUGAUACCAUGGACGAUUGCUACAGUUCAUGCAGCGAGACGGACGCCGGUGAAGGCAUCAAGCGUCGUCGGGUGACUCAUGACUACCGAAAACUUUCGAAAUUGGGAUACGAUCCAAGUGUGCCAACUAAUUUGAAACACGCAUCAACUAGCGAUUUCAAAGUGAGAAAGCGCAAACUUAGUGGUGAAUCCACAGAACUCUGUGUUUGGGGUGAGAAUUCUCGACCAGCAAAGUAUAGCAAGAUAUGGCCGGUGUUUGAUUCUGGAGGAUUUGGUGAUACUGCAGUACUUACACUUCACAUACUGCAAAAGUCUCAACCAAUGAAGAACUCAUUACUCUUUAACAGAAACAAUGAUUUACAACAACCAUGUGUUGAUUGGUUUGGAGGUAUCAAUGCUUCAUGGAAGCAGACAAAACUUUCUAACACAAUACCACAAGAUGACUUAACCAAGAGGAUCUAUUCCUCUGUUUCUCGUCAACUAAGAAUAAUCAACGGACACUUCCAAACGUCCAUGUUCAAAUACAAAUAUCCAAAAGUGACAAGAGCGAAUGUACUUCUGGAAUCUUCUACUUCUAGACGUCUGUCAACACAUAUCAGUCUGUCGUUGAAAGCGAUAAAGUUUCAAUCGACACCGAGGAGAGAGUUACCGUGCUAUGGUAAUUUAGAAUUGCCGUUGAAGCUUAAACAAGAAAAUGCAUCAUCACAAUUCUAUCCAGCUAUAGGUAGGAGUGUUAAAACCGAGACAGACAAUGUGCAAAGUGCUAUUAAGGUGAAAGUUGAACGAGACAGCAUUAAAAAUGAAGGAGAAAUUGAGAAAAGCAGAGAUAAAGAAAGGGAAAAAGAUAGGUCGUCCCACUCGUCCCGCCACUCGUGCCAGCAGUGUCGGCGCCGCUCGCGGGUGAAGCGCUGCUCCAUCGGCGUGCAGUGCCGGCGCGAGCGCACGGGGCCCGUGUGGGGCCCUCUGGCGCACAGCCUGGACUUGAAGGGACUCAAAUACCAUAGGUUAAUGCGAGUAGAGACUCAUCCGAACGGCGGCGCUAGUGUGGUGUAUCUCAACCAACAAGAUGUGGAUAUGUUAAGUCCUCCACAACAGGAAACACUCGCUAAGGAGUUUUUGAAGCUCGUUUUCUCCGAGAACAGUGAGGGUUGGGCAAAUUUCGUUUGUGGAGUGGUCCGGGGAGCAGCUGCGAGGCUCCCUUGCCUGUUGCAGUAUUUAUCAGAGAAGUACCCAACGUUGACUGUAAAAGCAGGUGUUUUGGCUAGGGCGUCUGAUAUUGAGACCACAACCAUAAGCCGUUAUUAUCAACAGGUGCAGCAGUCAUACUCAGCGGGAACAUUUCGUUCUGGCCCACUGCAUCAGAUCUCGUUGGUGGGGACUGUGCAUGAGGAGGUGGGGGGUUACUUCCCUGAUAUGUUGCGUAUGCUGUCCGAUUGCCCUUUUCUUAACCUGACAAUGCCUUGGGGUCCAAUGUCAGCUGUGGAUAUGGAUCCUCAGGAGUCCAACGACGGUCCCAUACUGUGGAUCAGGCCAGGAGAACAACUUGUACCAACAGCAGAACUCGGAAAGAGUCCCAUUAAGAAAAGGAGGACGGGCAUGAACGAGCUGCGCAACCUGCAGUACCUGCCGCGCUGGAGCGAGGCGCGCGAGUUCCUGUUCGAGGACCGCACGCGCGCGCACGCCGACCACGUGGGCCACGGCCUCGAUCGGAUCACUACCGCUGCCGUCGGUGUCCUUAAAGCGAUACACUGCGGUGAUGAAUCAGACCGUGGCAGGAUAACCAAAGAUGUAGUAGCUUUUCAUGCAGGGGAUUUCAACAAACUGGUGCAAUUAUUACAGUUAGAUCUCUACGAGCCACCCAUCUCUCAAUGUGUCACAUGGCUAGAAGAAGCAAAAUUAAACCAACUUCGUCGAGAAGGCGUCCGAUAUUCAAGACUACCUUUGUGCUCGGACGACAUUUACUUCUUACCGAGGAAUAUCAUUCAUCAGUUCAGAACCGUAUCUGCUGUUACAUCUAUUGCAUGGCAUCUGAGAUUAAAGCAAUAUUAUCCGUCUUCUGAGGCUUCUUCACCAGCUGACGAGAGACCGCCGCCGGAUCAGAAUACAAGUAACCAUUCAGAUUCUAAAACAAAACAUAAGAGUGGUGUUAUUGAAAUGAGAGCUUUGAGUGCAAAAUAUAAAGAAAAGUCUGCACUAAAAAUAUCUGAAAGUCGAAAGAGCUUAGAGGGUCAAAGUAAGGAUAAAGCAGAUGAAAAGAAAGAAAGACGGACAGACAAACACGAAAGGUCAGAGAAGACCGACAAGAAUGAAAAAAGCGACAAGCACACACACAGGCAUAGAGACACAGAUAAACAUAGAACAGAGAAAUCAGAAGCUCGAAUUACUGAUAAAUCGGACAAAUCUUCAGAUAAAUCUGAUAAACCAGAAAUCAGGGUUUCUGAUAAGGAAAACAAAGUCGAUAAGCCGGACAACAAAUCGGAAAAAUCAGAUAAAUUGGAUAGAAACGAAAAAAUUGAUAGACCGGAUAAAGAAAGAACAGAGAAGAUCGAAAGCAGGUCAGAUAAAUCUGACAUAAAAUCCAGUGACAAGAACGAAAAGUCCUUCGAAAGAGCCGAUAGAUCAGACAAACCAGACAUUAAAACAGACAAAUCCGAAAGUAGGUCAGAGAAAUCAGAUAGAUCGAUAGAGAAAUCCGACCAAAAAUCAGAAAGCAGAACUGAAAAAGAAAACAGGACAGACAAGGAUAAUCGAUCGGAACGAUCAUCAGAUAAAACUCACGACCAUCACAGGCGGCACUCGUCAUCUCGUCACAAAUCGUCGCACCACAAGUCUGAGAGGACCCGGGACCACAAAGACCACAAAAAGGACCACAAGAGCUCAGACGAUAGGAAGUACGAGAAGCAGAGGGAUAGAGAGGUGAAAGGUUUUGCCGAUUCAAAAGUGCAAAGUGAUAAGUUACCGCAAGUUAUCCAUCGACCUCCGGAUUAGUGUGUGAUUGUGUUUGGAAACAACAGGCUCUGUGAGUGGUUAGAAGAUUUGGACCUUGUGACGGCGGGUGCAAUGUCCCUUCUCUGUGUUUUAUAACAAUACGUUAUAUUCCAGUGAAAUCGUUGAUAUAAAUAAUGUUUUAAAUUAUAAUCCUGUCUAAUUUGCGUGAAUGUUAAGGCUUUAUUGUAAUUGGUUAAAAUAUGAUUUGGUGUAACUUUGUAUAGUUAAAAUUAUUUUUUUUAUAAAUAAUUAAAAUUGAUCUCUGUUUCGACUGCACAAGGUUCAAAAUUUCUCUAAAAACUCUUUGAGCGGAAAAAUCGUACCGUAGGAUAAUUCCCUGUAAAUAAUAGACUAAGAGUCUCGUAGAGGCUAAGCGAUGGAUGGUUGAACGCGCAGUUUUAGAUCUUUCUCGUUUACUAAUCAGUACUUAGUUUUUAAACCAUAUUUUGCUUUAUUUAAAGCUAGACUCAAGCUCAGAUGUAAAUUUGAAGCACUUAUAUGUCUUGUUUUAAUUAACAAUAAAAUGAAAUUAUUUGCAGUAUUGCACAGAUUACUAAAGUAUGCCUUGUAUUGGUUUUUUAACUGCUUCAACAUCUAAAACUGCGUUAUGAUUGUGAUGUAAAAGUUUUAACGAAGACGAAAAUAUAAUAAAUAAAUUUUAAGAUGAAAAAAAAUUAAUAUUCACACAUAUUUCUAAAGAACUUGCACUAAGAGUAAAAAGAUAUAUUAAUAAUAGUUAAGAUUAGAGAGUACAUUUUUUUUGUGAUUUUUAUUAAAUUAUUUAUUACGUCCCUUGUUAAUUGCGGCUAAAGAGAUACGGAACACUAGUGUUCGAAUUAUUUAUUUAGGAAACGAAAUAUAUUUGAAUAUGUGACUAUUUUUAUCGUUAGGGGCUAAAGAUUCUAGAGAACUGAUAUAACUGUCUUCAAAGCUGUGUUUCCAUGAAAGAAAUUUUGGCAGCUUUUGUGUUCUCAACUCGCAAUUUUACUAAAUCUUAUGCAAUUACUUAAUUUUGUAUAAUUGAUGGUGACUGUCAAGAAUUUCAAAUGGUUGAAAACACAGAAAUUGCCAACAAAUUGACUGGAAAUGCUUCGUAAAGUUUAUUACUAAGAUAUAAGCUCAGAAGGGACAUGACAUAAUAUGUAUGGUGUAGGUUAAAGAACAUUUUUAUAUUGAACUUUUUAUAUUAAUAAUGCCAUUCUCAAUUUCUAAAAACAUUCAUAAAUUACACAAAAUUUACACCAAAAAAUGUAUCUAUCAAAUGUCCGCUAAAUCAAUUGAUAUUAUAUUUUGAAUUUUGGUUACCAAAUGUCACAAUUGUGAUAUUGUCAGCCAACUUUAAAGUUUAUUUUUAUUAAAAUGAUUUAAUUUGGACUUGCCGCUUAUUAAGAAGUGGUGGUGACUGUUAUUAAAGUUUUAAGUUUAUUUUAAAAAAUCUAAAUUCAAUAUCGAUUGAAUUUGUAUAUACAACUUAUACCAUUCAUAUGUGAUUAUUUUUAUUUCCAAAGUUAAAAAAGUCUAUUUAGAAAGUUCUUAUAUUGUAAACAAUAGUUUAUUUUUGUCAAAAAUAUAAAGAAAUUUAAGUUUCGAAAACUAUAACUUCAAUUAUAUUUUUUAAUUAAGUAUGUAUUUUUUUCGAUCUGAAAUUAUCUUAAUUAUACAACAUUCAAAUAAAAAUCUCUAUUUAGAGAUUGGUGUCCUAAUUUAGUUGUAAGCAUAUUGGACAAAAUAUCUUAGUUCCGGUCUAGACGGUUCAUACAUACGACUACUAAUAAUGUCUGUGCAGCUUAUCACUUACCUGUUAUGGAGGAAAACGUAAAAUAAAAUAUUCAUUUUGUAUAUUGAAGUUUUAGAUACAACUAUAAAAAUGUACUUUUUUUUAAAAUAAUUCAUUAUUUACCUUCUUUGUCUCUCAUAUGUGUGUGAGUUACACACAGUGCCGGUCUUUAAAAAUAUGGCAUAGAUUGUAUCUAAUACUAUAUAUAUUAUGUCAAAUUGAUAAUAUACAUAGUAAUUAUUUCAAGUGUACAAUUAAAAUAUUGUUUACAAAGUAGGCCUCUUAUCUUAAUGAUAAUUUAUGUUGCAUUAUUUUGUUAAAAUUUUUAGCCUCUAAUUAAGUAAAUUCUUAAAAGACAACCUUCAUAAUUAUUCAAUUUUGAAUUGUUAAUAAACUUGCCUAUUUUAAUCAAUUUAGAACAGAAACGAAAUUAUCCAUAUACCAGUUAUUUUGUUAUAAAAAAUCAAUUUUGUUGUAAAUUAAGAAAAGGAAAUCUAAUGAUGGAAUUACAACAGAUUUAUUUGAUAUUAGCAUUAUUUAAUAAAAGUGAUCUUGCUCAUAUUCUGGAGUAAUUUAUUUUGUUAAAGUUUUUUCAAAUCAAAUCAAAAAUAUUGUAUCAUAUGGCUUAAAAAUAACAUCUAACUAAUAUAUCAUUAUAGUCUACAUUCUAAAUCAGAACACAUUUAUUUGAAAAGUGAAAAUCGCUCAUGUUAAGAAUAGAAAUACUUCUAAAAUUCUGAAAAAUUGUGCUCGAAUAAAAAUGAAUGCUUCCUUUAUUAAAAUGUUUGUAAAACUUAAUUUGAAUGAGGGAACAAUGUAACCUAAUCAAAAUUAUUAUAUUGAAAAUAUAUAUGUAUUUAUUUCAUUUACAAACAUAUAUCUUUGAAAACAAAUUUUUAUACCUUGUGAGUUAUGUACAUUUUUUACCUUACUCAGAUAAUGUUUCUUCAAAGGGAAAUAAGUAUUGAAAAAAUAUUUGAAAAAGGAAUGUUACAUUCUGGAUAUCUAAGUAACUGUAUUUUUUUAAAAUAUAACGAAGAUAACCAGAAAUAUAUUGUUCAGAUUAAAAAUAAUUAAUCUUCAUAUUUAGAUUCUAUCAGAAAAAAUAUUUGGAUAAAAUUGGAACUCAAUCCAAGCAAUCAACGAAGCACAAAUCAUUAUUUUAAAUCUUUACCAUAACAUAGCCCUUUGUAAAUGAAAUCCAAAACGAUGACCCUGUUAAUAAAUGUAGAUUCGGUUUCAGUCGUCUCAAACGCUGAAAAUUAUGAUUAAUCCUUAAAGCGUUUAAGUUUAGAUGGUUAAAUUAUUGUUUCACGUUUCCUAUAUUUUUUUUGAAAAUAAUAAAUAUAGUAUGAUAGA